AUGGUUGUGUGGCAUUAUCAGAAACUGACAACCAGUCCAAAUUCAUGUACUCCUAAAGAAACUGGAUCUUCAAAUGGAAGGUCUGAAUCAUUUCAAACGCCAUGUGUGGAAAAUUGUACAUCUGGGUCAAAUUCUCAGAAAUGCUGGAACGAUGAUGAUUUCAGCUCUUUGUUAAACAAGGGAAAUGAUGCGAAGGAGGGGGAAAGUCAAAAUUGUAAUAGUUUCAGUGAUGGAUGUGAACAAAAAGUAAGACUUCAUGCACAGUUACAAAUUAAUAAACAUCACAGCAUUUUAUCUGAAGCUUCAGCAGGUUUAUCAGAAACUGCCAGUGCACCUCUAAAGGAGGCAGCUCGAACAUCAAAUGCUAAAUCUCAGUGCAAGACAGACAGUGGCGACACCUGCUAUGAAUACGACAUCAGCACCUCUAGUGAAGGCGAACAAACAGGGUAUGAGCAUUUUCUGUCGAAAGUGAGGAAGACAUUGAAUCUAGAGCAUGAGGUUCAACAUAUCGCGGAGUCUAGUGCUGUCAGGAAAAAACGCCUGUGCAAACAUUGUAAAAAGGAUGGAUUGUAUUCAACUAUUGACGACGAAGAAGAAGACAAGGAUGAACUGUGUCCGCAUUUAGCUGCCAAGUUUGGAGAUUUACGUGCGAUUUUCGAAGAUAUGGUAGUGGAUCAGCGGGCUGCAAUUCUUGAUUGUCUGACAGAUUUUAUGCAUAGCCCAUACAAUAUUCGUGGCCACAGCCAUGAAGGAUUUUGUCGGGAAUGUGGAUGUGAGAUUUUAACCUCUGAUUCAGAAUCUCAAACGACCAUAUGCAGUUUGCUGUCGCAACAGUUGUUCCGAAUGACGUCACCAAAUGGUCAGCCUUUGAGCUGUGAUUCUGACGAGGGAACAAUGGCAGACAACUCUUGUGAAUCAGCUGAUGAUGAUGACAACGAAGCGAAUGGAAACAGAAAGGAUACAAACAGCAAAAAGAGUCCUUAUGAUGACAACAGUAGUGGCUAUGAUGAACCUAAAGAUAAAUUGGGACAAUUGAGUCAGAAACUGAGGAAGAAAGAAAAGAAAGAGAAAAGACACGCAUCAUCAACAGUUAUUGACUGUGGCCCAAAAGAAAAUGACAGUGAAAAUCAUGAAAGGAUGUCAGCUUUUGCUUUCACAAACAUCCUGGAGGACUCUUCUUUUAACUUCUUAAGUCUUCCAGCAGAACCAUCUAUAAAUAAACAACAGAUACCAGAUAAAGGGGAACCAAAGACCUCGACCAUAUUCUCAGACACCACUUGGAAAAACAACUGGAACAAGAAUUCUUCAGCUCCUCAGUCCUCACAUUCAUCAAGACAGACCCUAGGGCCGUAUUUCUCGCACGGGGCAGAUUCCUUCCAGGGAAAUUCAGAUCAUUCAGGAGCCUGCAACAUCAGUGGAUCAAGAGCCAGCUUUGUUACCGAAAAAGUGUUACAAGAUAUUUAUGCCCCGUUACCCUCUAAAGCCCUUUCUCUGUUGGCAUCCAAGAAGUACGGUCCCCCAUCUGGGCUGUCCUGCUCUUGCGGAAGGGUACCCCAGGCGUCUGUAGUAACAGCCGGGACCGCCCACUUAGCCACAGGGAAGACAGAAACGCCACCCACAGGGUGCAUAAAGAGGGACGGGUUCUCACAGUCGUCCUCUUCUGGUCUCAUACAUUGUGACAGUGACAAAAAGAGCGGGGUUGCCCCGGUACAAAAACAUCUACGAAACAGAAAGAAGACGGUGGAGGGAGAACUCUUCAAUUUCAGCGAGAAAAAGGAUUCAGGUGACACAGAAAGCGACCGGCACACAAUAGGCUUACUGCCUGAGAACGACGUUUUGGCAAAUAAUGGUUGUCGCCUAGGAGGGAAAAACGCUGAAUCUAAUGAUUGCCUCGCUCCACAAACAAAACGAGCUAGUCGCAUGUCUACGAAAGAACGGUCUCUUGUUCCCGGCGAAAACGGAAAUACUGGGAGAAACCGCCCUCUAGCAGAGGGGGGUGGAAAUAAAAGCGAUUGUGGUUUGGCGAAAAGUUCGAAUGAGGUAGUAAAAAAAUGUUCCCGUUUGUUACCUCACACGAUGACGAGAGGAGACACGGAUGACUUUGCGUUGACUGGUGACAAUUUGGCGGAUAAGCAUUCUGGGCUGUCCUAUACUAGCGUUGUCCAGGAUAUGAUGACUGGGGAUACGAAAGCAAACAAGAGAUACGCACGUAGACACAGACUGGACCUUGUAGCCUUGGAUCUUCUCCCAGAAAGUGCCGUAGACGAAGACCUGAAAACGGCAAAUAGCACUCACCACACACGUGUUCAACCAAAGCGAUCAAAAGUCAUUGAAAAAAUGGCGAAGAUUUUUGAAAUCAGCACUUGUGCAGAUAACCAGACUUCAGACAAACACAAUCAAGCCAUUAUGAAAAAUGUGACAGCAGGGAAACAAAGUACUGUAAGGGAUGAGGUAGAAAAGAAAGACAAUGUAAUGCACAGUUCAAAACACAUUCCACACACAUUCAUCCAUGAUCAAUUAUUUUCCGAUAAUGGAGAGACUGACACAAACAAGUUCGCCCAUGUUCGUCAUUCUAAAAGACGUGUACCUGAUCCAGAUCUGUACAGUUUAGAAAAGCAAGAUAAUUUAUACGCCAGGUCUCACAGUUCUCAUUUGAAUUUCAAUGAAAGCCCUCCAGUUGGUGACAUCAAAGACAGGCGCGCAUUGAAAACGCGCAGGUCUAGUUCGGAGUCAAGGCGUGAUGGAGACAACGAAAUCAAACCAACAUGCCAUCGGUCUGACAACGAAAGUGGCCCAUUAAAAACUAACGAACUUAAAGCGGGCCGAAUUAGGGCAGCGAAAGGAAGGCUGUCAUUUGCAUAUUUAACAGAAUCAAGACAGGCCACACAAAAAUCACCCACGCCUUCUACAUCGUCUGCGUCCUCAUCUUCAUCUGGGAAAAAGAGAAAUGGCCAUGCUAAACAUAAAGUGUCCAAAAAAUCGUACAGUAGAAAACGAAGUAAACACCGCCCUGAGCGAGCUAAAAAUGGCCAUGGAAAAGAGGAACGUACUUAUUAUUAUUUCAGUUCCGAUUUUUCGGAUAUUGAUGUUGCUGAAGUGAACAACGAGUCUGGGAAUAUAUAUAGUGCCACACACAAUAAAGCUUUAGCUAGUUGCGGCAGAAAACAAAGUACGAGCCACAAAAACCCAGCAAACACACCGGAAAACGCUGCCGCCACAGCUUCCCCCUCUGCACAGAACAAAAACAUGGAAGAUGGAAGGUGCGAACAAGAAGUCUACGCUUUGCCAAAUGAUUCUGUGGAUUUGAGAGGCAGAAAGGGCUGCGUAGAGAAAAGUCCAGAAAUAAGACACACGAAAAGAACGGAUGUGUACAAAUCGAGAAAAAGUAAUAACAAACUGUUGUCUGACUUGAUCAUUAGAAAUUAUGAUAUGCAACUCUAUGAUAAUGUCUAA